CGCGCCCACUCUCAGGCCAGGUUGCAGCCGCACUAGGGAGUCGGCACCAUGUCGAACCAGUCCACUAUGGUCUUGGGUUACUGGGAUAUUCGCGGGCUGGCACAAGCCAUCCGCCUGCUCCUGGAGUUCACGGGUACCUGCUACGAGGAGAAACAGUACACCUGCGGGGAAGCUCCUGACUAUGAUAAAAGCCAGUGGCUGGACGUGAAAUUCAAACUAGACCUGGACUUCCCUAACCUGCCCUAUCUCAUGGAUGGGAACAACAAACUGACCCAGAGCAAUGCCAUCAUGCGCUACAUUGCUCGCAAAAAUAACAUGUGUGGCGACACAGAAGAACAAAGGAUCCGAAUAGACAUUAUAGAGAACCAAAUAAUGGAUUUCCGUAUGCAGCUCAUAAAGCUUUGCUACAGCCCAGACCAUGAAAAACUGAAGCCUCAGUACUUGGAGCAGCUACCUGAACAACUGAAGCUGUUCUCCUUGUUCCUGGGGAAGUUUUCAUGGUUUGCUGGGGAUAAGCUCACCUUUGUGGAUUUUCUCACCUAUGAUGUCUUUGACCAAAACCGUGCCUUUGAGCCGAGGUGCCUGGAUGAAUUUCCAAACCUGAAGAAUUUCAUGUGCCGUUUUGAGGCCCUGGAGAAAAUAGCAGAAUUCGUGCAGUCUGACCGCUGUUGCAAGAUGCCCAUCAACAACAAGAUGGCCCAGUGGGGCAACAAGAGUAUCUGUUGA